AUGAGUGUCUCCGAUGCAAAGAAGGAAUCAUGGCUUAGCCUGUUUCAACUUGAGGUAGCACGGGCAAUAGCCGCACAGCUUGUGAUUGCAGUUCAGUAUAUCCACUCACAGGGGUUUGUCCAUGGUGACUUACACCGAGGAAAUCUGCUUUUUCUACCAUCUCGCGAAUUUACUGAACUAUCUACUGAAGCAAUAUAUAAGGAAUAUGGUGAGCCAGAAUUCGAGCCAGUCAAUCGCUUAGAUGGCCAAAAGCUGCCGCCAGCAGGGGUACCCGAAUAUGGUGUAGUACCUAUCUGGCCUGGAGAAGCAAGCGAAAAUAUAACUCUUCCAGAAUCAAGAAUCCUACUGUCAGACUUUGGUGAAGCAUUUUCUCCAGCGCAAGAAGACAAGUUCGAGUCUCAUACACCUCUUCUGAUCCGUCCCCCAGAAGCUCGAUUCGAACCUACAAAGCCUCUUACUUUCUCAUCCGAUAUCUGGUCACUUGCAUGCACUAUUCGGGAUAUUAUUGCCCAGAAAACAUUAUUCGAAGGGAUCAUGACAGACGAGGAUGAUAUGACUUGUCAGCAGAUUGGGCUACUUGGCCCGUUACCGACCGAAUGGCAGGAAAAGCAUGGAGAAUCAAUUCACCAGUCCAAAUACCUAAAUCGAUCAUUAGAAGACCGCUUCAAAAAUACCGUGCAGCAAGCGCGUAUCGAGGCAAGGAUGCCGAGUUUUAAGUCAGAUGAACAAUAUGCUCUUUUGUCGAUGUUACACUCGAUGCUUUGCUUUCAACCGGAACAUCGUCCAUCUGCUCAGCAGGUUCUUGAGUCUGAAUGGAUGGUGAAAUGGGCUCUGCCGGAGUGUGAAAAGAUCCGCAACAGUCAAUAA